AUUUAAGAAAAUGGCUGACCCUUUAGCAAAGUAUGGAAUUUAUAUCGAUGAUUUAAGUAAGAUUCGUGUAUUAGAACCAGAAGUUGCAAAUCAAACAAAUAAGCUUAAAGAAGAAUGUAAAAAUUUCGUUUCGAAAAUUAUUGAAUUUCAAACCAAUUCCGAUGAAUUUAUAGAAAUAAUAGAUCAAAUAGCAAAUGAAGUGGAAAAAGAAAAAAUGAAAACUAUUGGAACCCGAAACUUGCUUCGAUCUAUUGAAAAAGAAAGAGAUGCUCAAAAACAACAAAUUCAGGCACAGAUAGUUGAAAAAUCUAUGGAACUUGAGAGACUUCGUAUACAAUACGAUUCUCUAAAAAAAAUCGAAAUGGAACAAUUAGAAACUAUUGAACAAUUAACAGUAAAUUAAAAAGUUGAAAAGCUGAAAUUAAUAUAUCUAUUUUUAUUAAAUAUGUUUUGAAUGUUUGUACUUUUCUUUAGAAAAUAAAUUGAUCAUAAAAUAAGGAAGAUAAAUAAAACUAUUAAAUAUGA